UGGAUAACGCCUGAGCACGUGACACGCGGAAGCGUCGCAGGCUCUCAGCAGAGCUCAAGCAUGUCCCAGCGGCGUGACCUACACGAUUUAAUCUUGUAGUAUACAAAAAUAAUGAACUGGUAAUGAUUGUAGAGCCUUCGUUGAAAAGCUAAAAUGGACCCCAACUUACAGUACUGGCAAAGCAAUGGACAGUCUUUUCUGAGCAGACUGCGUCUCUGGUUCAGAAUUCUUGACCCCACUUCUGUGUUGUCUUCACAGGCUGAAAUUGAGCAGGCCCGGAUACUUCUUCAGAAUGAAGGACAUGCACAAAACAAGGAAAACGUGGCUAAUGCCUGGUUACUGUCUCUUUCAUCAGUCCAUCCUGAUACUGGAGGUUUAAUUUCACCAGUGUUUAGUUCUCAAGUCUUGCUGCCUAUAUCUGCUCCCGUGGUUGUUGCAAGUUUAAUGCCCCAUAAAGGCAUUAAACCUGCAUUGUUCUGGCAAUUUUUGCUUCAGACGUACUGUACGGGAUUUACCCAUGCUAACAGAAAUACAACAGCAACUAAGGAUAACAAAACGUCAAUGAAGCAGUCCAUUCUUAUCGUUGGAACAGUUUCCUACUCAACCUUUGCAGGGGCUCUUCCUCAGAUCAUACUCAAGCGUUUUGGUGCAGCGGCUGAGACCUUCUCUAGAUCCUUGUUGCCUAUUCCUCUCUCAGUCUGUCUAGCAGCAUUCAGUGUAAUGGUGGUGAGAAGCGAAGAGGCUGAUAAUGGAAUACGAGUGUUUGAUUCGAACGGAAAUGCCGUUGGAGUCUCGAAGGCAGCUGGUUCUAAGGCCAUAAAGGAAACGGCUCUCUCGAGAGCGGCUCUCUUUGGCACCACCGCAGCCGUUCCCACUUUACUGCUGGCUCUUCUUAAAAGGGCAAAGUUUGUCCAAAGGAACUCAAUAAUAAUCGCUCCUAUUCGGUACAUCAGUACUGCCAUUACUUUUGGCUUGAUGAUUCCCGUGUCCUUCAGUAUUUUUCCACAGUUGGGCAAGAUAAAGAAGGAGAAUUUAGAAGAGGAGUUUCAGUCACUUGACAGUAAUGGGGAACUGUUUUACCACAGAGGACUGUAACGUUGCCAUUGCCAACUUUACUAUUUGAUGAUGACUUUUAUUGACACUGGAAAAAAAACUGUAUAUUAAAAUCCAGGCCAUUUCAACAUUUUAAAAA